AGUGUCGUGGUAGCCGUCGCGUAUUCGUGUAAAUAUUAUCGUAUCUCGUCCAUCUCCACGUGGAUGAAAAAAAAAAAAAACACAUAUAAAUUAACACUAUGAGUGAUUUGACAUUAUAAAAGAAUCAUCAUUAUUAGUGUUAGUUGUUAGCCGUUGGCUAUCUUCUCGGAAACCACCUGCACGAAAAUGGCUCCUCCGACAAAGAGCACAAAAGUAGCGACCAGAGGAGCCAAACAAAUCCUCGAAGAAAAUGUUUCCACAUUGAAUUUUUAUAGAAAUAUGGUAUUCAUUGCUUCCGGAGUAUACCUCGUUAUUAUGAUCGUCUUUUUCGAAUUUACACCUUUAACAAUAUCAUUAACACUCCUCAGUGCUGUAACAUAUGUAACUAGUUAUCAAUUUAUGAUGUACAUGGCACGUGCAAAAUAUAGUGAAUCCGGUCAAUUAAUUGAUUCCGGAGUUGAUCUCAACAUGGAAGGUGGAAUUGCUGAGCACAUUAAAGACCUUAUAAUUCUCACAUCGGGAUGUCAAGUAUUGUCUUUAACAUCGAAUUAUUUUUGGUGUUUGUGGACAUUAACUGCCUGUUUUCUAUUUAGGCGCCAAUCCGGGGUUUCUACAUGUUGUGGACAAAACUCCUCGCACCCUGGUUUUUCUCCUCUCCUGAACCUCAGCCGGAUAUGGACGAGAAAAAACAACGAAAAUUAGAACGAAAAAUGGCGAGACGCCAAUGAUAAAGUUUGCAUUAAUUCUCGUAUUCCCGAAUGUUGAAUGAAACAAAAAGCUACUCAAUAAGCCAGACAAUUAAAUUUUUUGUCUGAAACAUGGAAAUGAUUAAUUAAUUAAAUAUAACUGAUUGUAUAAUGAUUA